AUGAUGUUAGCAAGCCCAGUCACAUCCACACCUUUCUCUGUCAAAGACAUAUUAAAUCUGGAGCAGCAGGGUCAGCAGCAAGUGUCCCACCACCAGCAGCCCAGGGUGCUAUUACACCAGGAUCUGGAAAGUGACUUUCAACCAGCUUCCUGCAUGCUGGCAGCAGGGGAGAGAGCUGUUUAUUCUGAUGGGGAGGAAAAACUGCCCUAUCUGAAUCCUUUAGGGGCCCCUGAGGGCCACAGGCAGGUGGGGAUCUCUCCUGAGAGGUAUGUGUCCAUUAGAGAAACUUGUAACCCCAAAGAAGAGGAAGAUGAUGAAGAAGAGGAUGAAUCUCUUAGGGACAGGGUGCACAAGACUUGUUUUAUGAAAAAUUCUCCCACAAACGAAGACAAACAGGAAGACACAGAAAGGCCAAAGCAGAGAAGCCGCAGAAAGCCCAGAGUCCUUUUUUCUCAAGCCCAGGUAUUUGAGUUGGAGAGAAGAUUUAAACAACAAAGAUAUCUGUCAGCCCCAGAGAGAGAGCACCUGGCCAACAGCCUAAAACUCACAUCCACUCAGGUGAAAAUCUGGUUUCAAAACAGGAGAUACAAAUGUAAAAGACAAAGACAGGACAAGUCAUUGGAAAUGGGAAACCAUCACCACCCACCUCCCCCCAGGAGGGUGGCAGUGCCAGUCCUGGUGAGGGAUGGGAAGCCUUGCAUUGCAGGUUCACAGAGUUACAACACAGGUUACAAUGUAACAGCAAGUCCUUAUUCAUAUAAUAGCUACCCCGCAUACAACUACAACAACAGCCCUUCCUAUAACACCAAUUACAGCUGCAAUUACUCCACUAUACCUGCAAUCCAGCACAACUCAGGAGCAAAUCCCUUUGUGAAUAUGGGCAAUUUAAGUCAUCUAGGUAACACAACACAACCUCAAAGUCACCCAGGGACUUCUGUAUCUACAUGCCAAGGGACAUUACAAGGAAUCCGAGCCUGGUAG